CUCCCAGGUGAUGGUUGGAGGUGGCAAAGGGGGGUUAUGGGGUAGCUCAUCCCUCAGAGCGUCUCUUUGUGCCUCUCAUCUCAGCCCCCCUGCCAGGGUGUUGUGAAACACAAGCUGCUUUUAGGAGUUCAGGAUCUUCCAAGUGGACUAUUUAAAGCUGAAUUUCUGGCUGAGAGGGGGAGGCAGCCCCUGCCACAGCACUGAAGGGCAACAGCAGCCCCCACUUCCUUGCUGGGGUAGAGGAACCAGGGUUAUUUUAAAGCCUGACAUCCCCCAGCUUGUCCAGCACGCUUCCCCUACCUGAAUUUCAGUAUGACAUCGGUGUCAUGCUACUUCCCAGAAUAAUCUGAAUUAGGGAAGUGGCUGGUUUCCCUGCAGUUGUCAUUCAGCUGUCCUGUCUAGGGGGGAUGGAGUUUGAGGGGAUGGGAGAGUUUGGAUCUCAGCAUCCCUUAUGAAGGAUGCCCUUGGUGAUAUCGGUCCAUGGGCACCAGCGUGCUCCUGGGCACUGACCUGCAAUGGUCUCCACGACACCCCUCUCUUAGAGCUGGUUCCCAUAGAAGAGCUGGGACACUUGUCACACAUGGCCGUGAUGAUUCUCUUUGUCCCAGCUGCCACACUCAUCUUUCCUUCAAAAUGGAGUUUUUCAGCUCAAGUUUUCAUUAUGCAUGUGGGAUUUUCCUUCUUGUCAUACCCCUUCUGGUACCAGACAGGGUAUGUCUGUCACGUCACUGCGAUGAUGUCACUGCCUGAUGUCACUGUGGUGAUCAGCCGCUGGAGGGGAAGCUGUGUGGGUGCAGGCGCAUACAUCUUCCUCUUGCUAUCAUGCAUGAUCUGUAGUAGAUGCUGUGUGCGGCGAGCCCCUCUCCGUGCGCCGUGAGGCAAUGGACGUGUUUUGGUGCCAGCUGCUCGCCCUCCUCCUCCUCCACCAAGCAACAUGCACCAGCGAUGGGGCAGAGGUGACUGGGGCCGUGGGCAGGUCUGUCACCUUCCACCUCAAGAACCUGGAUAGAAAAGCCACAGCCUGGAGCUUUCACAAUGAUGUCAUAGUGACGGUGAAAUUCGGCGAUCCUCCUGAAGCCACGUUUUUUGACGACAACUACAAGCCGCGCUUGGCCUUCCCCAAGAACGGCAGCGCGCUCACCAUCUCCCAGCUGAGGAUGGAUGACGCUGGUACCUACACUGCAAAGACCUUGGGGGUAAAAGCCACCUUCAUCCUGCAUGUGUACAGGGAGCUGGCAGUGCUGAUGGUGACCUGUGUGGCGCAGAACUGCUCAGCUGGUGGCUGCCUCUACACCCUGCACUGCACUGCGUUGGGCUCCGGCUCUGGCAACAUCUCCUACAACUGGAGCACUGGGGGCUUGUCAUGGCAGGAGGGGCCCACAGUGCUGGUGGAGGAGUCACCCCUGGACAAGCCACUCAUCCCGCUCACAUGCACGGCACAAAACCCUGUCAGCAGCCGCAAUGUCACCGUCAUCUCGCCUUCUGCCCUCUGUGCAGGCACCUACUCCAGCAGGCAGGCUGGAAUCAUGGCUGCAUUGGUGAUUGGAGCCGGAGCGCUUUUAGCAGUGGUUAUCUUUGUAAUCUACUGUAAAUCCAAAGGCUGGAGGAUCUUCCAUUUGCCUGCAGCCGAGGCUAUGAACACAGAGGCCAGAGCAGAGUACAUGACGGUGUACGCCCAAGUCGGCCCUUCACAGCAGGUGCACCUGCAGAAUUUCUCUAAGGCACAGCAAGAUGACCCAAAGAAGAUGCCGAAUGCCAGUGUGGAGACCUCCAAACCCAUCUAUUUCACCAUCCAGGCUCAUGGCCAUCUGCCCUGCAGGGGUUCCAGUGCUGAGCAAGGAGAUGAGCAAGACCCCAGGUUGCAGACGGAUGAUGAGAAGAUGGGCAACGGUAUGGUGUGGUGCCAGGAGCAAGAUGAGAAAAGUGUCUACUCGUCGGUCAGCUAGACAGACCAUGUGACGCAGCCCCGACACGGCUCCCUCCAGUGCACCCAUGAGCCUGCUCUGAGCGUGGUGCUCCUCUCUGCCCAGCCCUGGCCCAUGGGGCUGCAGCAUCCUCCCC